CCCCCGCGCCGAGCGGAUCCCGGCGGGAAGGAGGAGCUGCGGCAACGUGGUUUGGAGGAGUGGCUGGCGUCGCUGUCUUUCGAUAACCCUGAUUGUCCUGAUCUGCAGCUGACCAUGGGCGCAGUAAUUGUGGAAGAAAUUAGGGUGGCAGUAGAAGCAGCUACUGGAUUCAGGUGUUCAGCUGGCAUCUCACACAACAAGACACUGGCCAAACUGGCCUGUGGGUUGAACAAGCCCAACCGCCAGACACUGGUGUCUGCACGAUUUGUGCCGCAGCUCUUCAGCCAACUGCCCGUCAGCAGCAUCCGUAACCUGGGAGGCAAGCUUGGCACUGCUAUCACAGACAUCCUGGGAGUGGAGUACAUCGGGGAGCUGACACAGUUCAGUGAGACUGAGCUCCAGACACAUUUUGGAGACAAAACUGGAUCUUGGCUCUAUGACUUGUGCAGAGGAAUUGAAGAGGAACCUGUCAAAAACCGGUACCUGCCCCAGUCUAUUGGCUGCAGCAAGAACUUCCCUGGGAAGUCAGCCCUGGCCACACAGAAGGCGGUGCAGCACUGGCUCCUGCAGCUGGCCUUGGAGCUGGAGUCCAGACUGAACAAGGACAGGAGCCAGAACCACCGCGUGGCCCGGCAGCUGAUGGUGGUGAUCCGCCAGCAAGGGGACACCCGCGUGUCGCGUCUGUGCGCCCUGUCCCGCUACGACGCACAGAAAAUGUGCAGUGACGCCUUCACCCUCAUCCAAAACUGCAACGUGGCUGGGGCUCACCAGGCAGCAUGGUCUCCACCAUUGAUUUCAGUGCAACUCUCGGCAAGCAAGUUCUCAGAGCCUGUCACCCUCUCCACAGGCAUUACCACCUUCCUGACGGGUGAUACCCAGCCUGAUGGCACUGCCACCACCAGCCAAAACACCACAUCUUGUGGGAAGGCCAGGGUCAAGUUCUUUAGGAGCCCAAGCAAAGAGCUUCGGCAGAAGCCAGCGAGUGCUAUUGAGUCAUUCUUCCAAAAGGCAGCAGAACGGCAGCUGUCACAGGCAGCAGCAGCAGCCAGCUUGCCCAGUGCUGCCACUGCAGAGUCAGCUGUGCCCAGCUCCCCAGAGCACCAAGAGAAAGCUGCUGUUGGCUUGCCUGUUGGACUUGCCUCUGUGCAGUGGGAGCUGGAGUCCCCUGUGAAGCAGAGUCCAAACGAUGCCAGCCCUACUUCUCCCUACAAGACACUUCCCCAGGAGAAGUUGCCAUCAGAUGCUACACAAACACCCUCAACUCCACCCAGCUCCAGGACCCUUCUGAAAUUACAACCAGCUAUUGAGGGAAAUGAGCAGAAUUUGCCACCCUCUCCUGAGCUCACCCUGCUCCCUCCUGCCUCUCCAGGGGACCAGCAGCGCUGUGAGAAGUGUGGCCAGCUCGUGCUGGUGUGGGAGUUCCCAGAGCACAUGGACUACCACUUUGCUCUGGAGCUGCAAAGCUCUUUCCUGGAGCCCAGCCCUCCCAUUGCUCCAGAAGCAGCUCCCAAUGCAAAGGCUGUGGCUUCCAGGUCUCCUGCCAAGGCAAAGAACAAGCUCAAGACUCCAGCAGGACCUAGUGCAAAACGACCCAAAGAAGGUGUGACAAAAACUUUAGAUUUUUUCUUUAAGCCCUUACCUCCUUAACUCCCAGCCACACUGGGUGUUUUUAAAGAAGCAGUAUUUUUAAAGAAUCAGUGUUUUUAAACAUGGUUAAAAGCUUUUAUACUGCCUGUCAGGUUUUAAUGUGGAAAAGUCUAAUAA